AUCCCUGACACAGUGGUGAGAUGGUGCCAGGCGGUGUGAGGACAGCCUCGAGAUGCCGAAAGUCCCCGGUCCGCUUCCUCCUGUGAAGACGUAGCUGAGGGUGGCUGUGGUGGUGGCUUCCAAGAUGUCGACCAAGAAUUUCCGAGUCAGUGACGGGGACUGGAUUUGCCCUGACAAGAAAUGUGGAAAUGUAAACUUUGCUAGAAGAACCAGCUGUAAUCGGUGUGGUAGGGAGAAAACAACUGAGGCCAAGAUGAUGAAAGCAGGGGGAACUGAAAUAGGAAAGACACUUGCUGAAAAGAGCCGAGGCCUGUUCAGUGCUAAUGAUUGGCAAUGUAAAACUUGCAGUAAUGUGAAUUGGGCCCGAAGAUCAGAGUGUAACAUGUGUAAUACUCCAAAGUAUGCUAAAUUAGAAGAACGAACAGGAUAUGGUGGCGGUUUUAAUGAAAGAGAAAAUGUUGAGUACAUAGAAAGAGAAGAAUCUGAUGGUGAAUAUGAUGAGUUUGGACGUAAAAAGAAAAAAUACAGAGGAAAGGCGGUUGGUCCUGCAUCUAUAUUAAAGGAAGUUGAAGAUAAAGAAUCUGAGGGCGAAGAAGAGGAUGAGGAUGAAGAUCUUUCUAAAUAUAAAUUAGAUGAGGAUGAGGAUGAAGAUGAUGCUGAUCUCUCAAAAUAUAAUCUUGAUGCCAGCGAAGAAGAAGAUAGUAAUAAAAAGAAAUCUAAUAGACGAAGUCGCUCAAAGUCUCGAUCUUCACAUUCACGAUCUUCAUCACGCUCAUCCUCCCCCUCAAGUUCAAGGUCUAGGUCCAGGUCCCGUUCAAGAAGUUCUUCCAGCUCGCAGUCAAGAUCUCGUUCCAGUUCCAGAGAACGUUCGAGAUCUCGUGGGUCGAAAUCAAGCUCCAGAUCCCACAGGGGCUCUUCUUCCCCACGAAAAAGAUCUUAUUCGAGUUCAUCAUCUUCUCCUGAGAGGAACAGAAAGAGAAGUCGUUCUAGAUCUUCUUCAUCUGGUGAUCGCAAAAAAAGACGAACAAGAUCACGGUCACCUGAAAGCCAGGUGAUUGGUGAAAACACUAAACAACCCUGAGCCCAGGGCCAACCCCUACGGAACACCACUACUUUAUCCAGGCGCCACAGGUCAUCUUCCGGAUCAUCCCAUUCUGGUUCCCGUUCAAGUUCAAAAAAGAAAUAAUGUAUUAAAAUUUACAUCUUAAAAAAAAAAAUCCAGUACAGUGCAUGAAACAUAUUUUUUAAGAAGUUGGUGUCUUACUUGGUCAGAAGUGCUAAAUCUGCUAGUAGAGGUGCAUGCCUUUCAUUGCUUUUCAGAAUACAACAGCUGUGUUUAUUUGUGAAAUUAAAAGUAAAUAGCAUUUUAAGCCAUAAUGUUCCAGAAUAGAUCAAUAUGUUUACUGUUUAUUAUUUACAACAAUUAGCUUCAUUUCCAACAUGUCA